ACACAUCUGCGGCCCUCCACGAAAUCGAUUUGGUUCCAAUUCCUGAUGGCGACGAAACCAGACGGCGACGGCGAAGGCGGAGGCGGCGGACACAGUAGUGGUCUGUUCCCUCUAUUCUCUAGUCCGGCGAACUCCAUCUCUGCCACUUCGGGCGCUCCCCAAUGGCUUUCCAACACUAGCUUCACUGUGGAUCCCGCCAUCAUCAACGCCAUCGUUCCCGAGGAUGCGCACGCGGAUACCGCUGAUGAAACUGAAGAUGGCGAUUCUGAUGGCAAGAAUGAUGAAGCUAAGAAACCUAGGUCUUACGAUUUGGUUGGAGUCGAAAGAGAAGAUUAUGGAUCCUCCGGGGAGUCCGACGGCGACGAAGAAGUUGGGAAGCGGCGGAAGAAGAAGAAGAAGCGGAAGAGGAAAUCCUCCGUUAAGGAUUCCGAGGAAUACUAUCCGAAACCUGCCAAAGAUUAUUACAUGGACACUCGUCCUGAUCAUGAUAAUCUCGUUUAUGGUUCCAUUUAUAGGAUGGAUAUUCCUCGUUAUAAACGUUUCAAUCCUGACAAAAGUCUUGGAUCAUGUUCUCAGAUGUUUUAUUUGCGGUUCCCAAAAAGUUCUAUGCUUGAUAGAGAUAACGAUGUUGAUGCAUUGGACGUGAGAGCAAAGUCUAAUGGUCGAUACUGGUCUGCAAAAUAUGCAGCUCUCGAAGGCAAUAAGAAUUUCAAGCGUGCCCGUUUUUCUUCUCCUCGAGAGACAGCUGAUGCUUCUCUUGAUUAUUUCAUUCCUUUGGAGGAUACUGAAACGCCUCAGGAAAGUGGUGAUGGCGAUGCUUUAUCAAAGAGCUCAGUUAUAGAAGCGUCGUGGGAGGACGAAGUUCUGAAUAAAACCCGCGAGUUCAACAGAUUGACGAGGGAACAUCCCCAUGAUGAGAAGGCGUGGCUUGCAUUUGCUGAGUUCCAAGACAAAGUUUCAAAUAUGCAACCGCAGAAAGGAGUUCGCUUGCAGACUUUGGAGAAGAAGAUUAGCAUACUUGAGAAGGCAUUUCAACUGAACCCAGAUAGCGAAGAUCUGUUGAUUGCCCUUCUCAAGGCGUAUCGAAGCAGAGACAAUGCAGAUGUUUUAGUUGGUAAAUGGGAAAAGGCACUGAUGCAGCAUUCGACUAGCUACAAAUUGUGGAGGGAGUUUCUACGUGUUCUGCAGGGAGAGUUCUCCAGAUUCAAAGUUUCAGAAGUGAGGAAGAUGUAUUCCCAUGCCUUCCGGGCUCUUUCUCAUGCUUCCAGCAAGCGACAUAGGCAGGUUGACAUAACUUCUGAACCGUUGGAUCAAGCUGUCAUCCAGCAGGAACUCGUUCUAGUUGAUAUGUUAGUUAGCCUCUGCAGGUUUGAAUGGCAGGCUGGUUAUCAGGAGUUAGCCACUGCGUUAUUUCAGGCCGAAAUAGAAUUUAGCAUCUUUUCUCCAUCUUUGUUGCUAAGUGAACAGAGUAAACAAAGACUGUUUGAGCAUUACUGGAGUAGUAAUUGUGCUAGAGUUGGGGAAGAAGGAGCUCUCGGUUGGUCUUUGUGGUUGGAAAAGGAGGAGGAAAAUAGGCAGAGGAUCUUGAGAGAGGAAUCCUCUGAUAAUGAUGAUGCAGGUGGUUGGACAGGUUGGACAGAACCGUUAUCAGCUCAAAAAGGAGGUGUUAUCUCACCAGUUAAUGCAGGAGAGAGUGAUGUGCCUCCAGAAGGUCUGGAGGAGGAAGUGGAACAUGAGAAUAGCAAACUUGAAGAUGAUACUGAAGCUAUGCUAAAGCUUCUAGGGAUUGAUGUUAAAGCUGGGGACACUGAUGAGGUUAAAGAUACUUCAACUUGGGUUAAAUGGUUUGAGGAAGAGGUUUCUCGGGAUCACAAUCAAUGGAUGCCCGUCCGGAAAGCUGGUGAAACCUCCAACAUUGAUGAAACAAUUGAUGGAGAAAUUGACGACCAAAUAUCAAGCAUUGUCCUGUAUGAAGAUAUUAGUGAAUAUCUAUUUUCGUUAAGUUCAGCGGAGGCCCGCUUAUCUCUGUUAUACCAGUUUAUUGAUUUCUUUGGUGGGCAUAUGUCCCCAUGGACUUCCAGCAACAGUGUGUGGUGGACUGAGAAAAUGAACAGUAUGGAAACCUUGGUAGGUUCCGCGCUAGAGAAUUUGAAAAGGGCUCAUGAGGAUUUAAUGAAAUCAGAAAAUGGGCAUGACUUCAGUCUGGUUUUCCUUUUAAGUGGGACCGGUGACAUCUCUAUGAGGACCAAGAUGAUGAAGUUUCUUCGCAAUGCAAUCUUGCUUUGUUUGACCGUCUUUCCACGAAAUUACAUUCUCGAAGAAGCUGUGCUUGUUGCAGAAGAACUCUUUGUAACAAAUAUGAGAACAUGUGAGGUGUCAACUACCCCAUGUCAAGCUCUGGCAAAGCGCCUCCUGAAAAGUGAUCGGCAGGAUUUUCUGCUCUGUGGAGUCUAUGCACGGAGAGAAGUUGUUUCUGGCAAUAUGAAUCACGCAAGACGGGUGUUUGAUAUGGCACUGUCUUCUAUUAGUGGGCUCACUGUGGAGAUGCAGUCUAAGGCUCCUCUGCUGUAUCUAUGGUAUGCCGAAUCUGAAGUGGCUAAUAGUAGCGGCAAAAUUCAGGAAAAAGAAUCAUCAUCUCGUGCCAUCCACAUCUUGUGCUGCGUGGGAAGUGAUCGGACGUAUAGUCCUUAUAAUUGCCAACCAUCAAGCGUGCAACUCCUGAGAGCGCGCCAAGGGUUCAAAGAGAAGCUUAAGAAGAUACAAUCAACAUGGGCUCAUGGUAUCAUAGACGAUCAGUCAGCUGCCACUGUUUGUUCAGCAGCAUUGUUUGAAGAGAUGACCAAUGGCUUUUCUGGGGCUGUUGAGAUCCUUGACGAAGCAUUUAGUGCUGUUCUUCCAGGUAGAAAAAGCCAAAGUCACCACCUUGAACUUUUGAUCAGUUACUACGUGAGAAUGGUUCACCGAUAUCAAGACCAUUUAAGCUUUUCGAAACUGUUGACACCCAUUUCGGAGGGGCUACAACUAUAUCCUCUCAAUCCGGAGCUUUAUCGAGCCUUGGUGGAGAUCUGCCAUCAUCGUAUGACAUCCCACAAACUGAGGAUGAUGUUUGAUGACUACUCGCGCAAUAGGAAACCAUCUUUGGUUGUUUGGCUAUUUGCGCUGUCGUAUGAGAUGAAUGGAGGAGGCUCCCGCCACAGAAUUCGUGGAUUGUUCGAGAGGGCAUUGUCACAAGAUGCACUAAGUAACUCGGUACUUCUGUGGCGUUGCUACAUUGCGUACGAGAUCGAGAUUGGACGUGAUCCAUCUGCGGCUAGACGAGUUUAUUUCCGAGCUAUAAACGCGUGCCCAUGGUCGAAAAAGCUAUGGCUUGAAGGAUUCGCAAGGCUGAAGUCAGUUCUGACAGCAAAGGAGAUGUCAGAUAUCCAAGAGGUGAUGCGGGACAAGGAGUUGAACAUAAGGACAGAUAUCUACGAGAUUCUGUUGCAGACAUGAGAAUGCUUCUCAGUGUAAAUAAUGUUGUUUUUAAAGAUUUAGACAGAUGGGACAACAUUUAGAAGCAAGCAGAAACUGAGAGAAUCUGACAGUUGGUAAGGCAAAAGGGCAUCUCCCAGUCCCUGCUCGCAAGUCUGGUAUCCAGAAUCUGUCAUUUACAAAUCAUCAAAUCCUCUUUUUUUUCUUUUUUUUUUUAACUUUUCCUUACUCGUGCCUAAUGGGACCCAUCCAGCCAAAAAAAAAAAGACAAUAUGGUAUUUUGUCAAAUUAGGUGAACAGUUAGACACUUGAGUUGAAUUGUAUGUUCUGCAAAAUCCCAAUUUCCA